AUGAAGGGGGGGGAAAUGUCUGUUUGUUUUGGGUGCGUUCGGGAGUGAAGUGUUUUUAAGUUAAACGUCCAUUUUUUCCUUCUUUUAUUUGUUUAUCGAGUGUCAUGAGAUAAUGAGUCAUUCGCUGGGCGGUGGGAGUGCAACGGGGAAAUAUCCCAGCGUGGGACGUGGUUUAAUAACGUGAAAAAGUCUUUGAUUAAGUAGCUAAAGACGCUUGUUUUGAGAAGCUAAGGUGUAAUUUGCCGUGGUAUGUUGUGGUGAGCAAGCAGUGACCGAGUGAUGCUGGGGGGAGGGGGUAGCUGCGGUGGGCCAGUUUCAUGGUGGUGCAGCGAAGUGUGGAGGUGCUCCCCAAAAGUGGCCCCGGACAUUGCAUCAUCAAGCGCAGAGAUGGCCAACUGUGACCAGUGCAGCGUCAAGUUUUCACUUCUGAAGAGACGGAAAACCUGCGCAAAUUGCCACCUAGUCUUUUGUAACUCUUGUAUAAAGACAGGCAUUGGAGGGACGAGAAAAUGCAACAAGUGUAUAGUGUUAUCACAAUGGCCUCUCGACAUCUCCGAGGUUGGAGCCUUGCGUGUCAAGGACCUGAGACAGUACCUCCAGUCACAGCAUAUCAACAGUACAACAUGUACAGAGAAGCGAGAGCUGAUUGAGCUGGUGACACGCCACAUUUGCAGUCAGCGGCGGAUGUCGGAUAGUGCGAGACAAAAUACAGGUGCUGGGAGUGGGAGCAUUUUCUCGAGCACAGCGCGACCGCCAGUGUUUAAGCCUCCCUCUUCCAAUAUUACGAGGGAUGAUGGCAUUAGGGUGCGGCCAAGCAGCACACUAAACAGUGACAGUUCGGGCAGCAUACGAGUUAGGCCAUUGGACAGCAUAAGAGUGAGGCCAAGUCGCUCGCUCUCUCCCGAUUCUAGUGAAUAUGAUCCAGAGAUGGAUUUGGGCAUCAGGGUCUUUGCGUCGGACAGCCAGGCGGGCCAGCAGGAACGUGUGAGCAGCACAUCACCCAUCAGCAUGGAGGGCUGUUCAGAGAGCACAGAGGACAAGUGCUCGCAGUGCCCCAGCGAAGACUGUACAGCCUCCUCUUGUAGCUUAGACUCCUGUCCCAACAGAGCAUCUAGUCAACCCAUGCCGUGCACCUUGCAUAAUGAUUCCUCAGGGCAAGACAGCAUUGAGGACGUAAGUGCCACAAAUGACCUGCAGUUACCAGACUCCACCAGCAUGCUGGAGGAGAUCCCAGGAACAGGUGAAAUUGCUCAAGAUAACACUACCACGGCGCAGGAGGCAGAGGUUUCGGAGCAAGGAGUCGACACGUCAGAGGCACCAGCAGUGGAGACUCCACUCGAAGCCACUGCACCUCCAUUAGAGGAUGACACACCCAUUACCACCACCAUGUCCUCUUCGUCAGCCUCCUCGUCCACUCCUUCCACGGCUUCAUCCCCAGAGCCUUCGAAACCUGUAAGCUUCCCCAACAAAGUGGUCGCGCUGGCUGACCUGAAGUCGGAGGAGGACAUCCGUCGUCUGAGCGUCCGCCAGUGCAAAGAACUUCUGGCCCUGCACCGGGUCAACUACUCAGGGAUCACGGAGAAGUCGGAGCUGCUGAACAAGAUCGACAUGCUCUGGAAGGAUUACCAGAAUGCACGGCAAGAUGUUGAGGGUUUGCCUGAGGAACUGCUGUGUAAGAUCUGCAUGGAUAGCACGAUAGACUGUGUCUUUUUAGAGUGCGGACACAUGAUUGCCUGUACACAGUGUGGGAAGCAGAUGGCGGAGUGUCCAGUCUGCCGACAGUAUGUGGUGCGCGUUGUGCGUACUUUCCGAGCUUAAGGCAACCGGCAUUUAUUAGCAAAUCCACUCUUUGGGGCCUUAGUUGAUAGAUAAGUGGAGUUUUUAUGUUUUUUUUUUUUUUAGAUCCAAUAGAAUUAAAACUUCAAUUAAUUAAGAAUUUCUGGAUAAGAAUUAUUUUUAUUUCUCUUUUUAUUUUAUUUAUUUAUUAUUAUUUUUUUUUACUUUUCUUUUCUUUUUACUUUUUUUCUUUACCCCAUUUACUAGAACUUCCACCAGGAUGUUUGACUUUAAUAGAAUUUCUGAGUGUGCAGGUAUCACUCUGUGCUGGCAAAGACAUACCUGAAUUAGGUCUAGGAAACUUUAUUCCAUGUACAACUUUAUUUGCAUAUACAGUAUACAUUGAAGCAUAAGAUUUACAUUGAAUGUUUAACAGGUCAUUUAUUUAUUAUAGGGAUAUAAGCAGAGGCUAAAGCAUUUAUUACAAUUGUUUUUAUGUACUUGUAGAUACAGUGAAAUGCAUUCACAAAUAAAAGUCAAUACAUUGAGUGCUUGUUAAAGGUAUGGUUACAUUUUUCAUUAAAAUCAGUGAAAAUGGAGUUAUUACGAAUACUUGGACUCUGAUGAAGCAAGCCAUCUUUAGUUAAGCUCUUUUGUAUUAACAAACUUUUAGGAGAUAUUGGAAAUUAGAGAAGGGAAUGGGUGAUGAAACUAGCAGAAAAAGAGUCACAAUGGCGAGGAAAGAAUAAUAAUGGUAAUAAAGAUACUACUGCUGAGGAAAACAGAAAUAAGGGUAAUCUUAACAAAAUGAUGAUAACAUUGAUCAUAGUAGCAGCAGAUGAACAAAUUCACAUAUAAAGGAAGUUAUUACUAAAUUUAUAUCCAGCCAAAAGUUAAGUAAUAUAUAUAAUAUUUAAGAUUAAAGUUAAAGGUUAAUGUAGUCUGUAAUUUUAACUUAACAGCUUAUGUCAGUCUUGGUCGCCAGAUCCAUAAGCUUGGUUUUGUGGAUGAAAGUUGAAAUAUGACUGCAAUUUAUUGAUUGAUUUUCAUGUCCAGUGUAACUGCAACUUUGACAUGAUGUAAUGGUUCAAGUUAAGAAGUUGUGUUGCAGGUAUAGUGAUUGGUAAGAAUAGUUUUUUUCUUCUUCUUCCUUACUUUCACAAUUUUCAUUCAUCUCUCUCGCUGUUCUCUCUCUCUCUCCUUGUUUUCUUGUCUCUAAUUCUUCAGGAAGUAGUUUCCUUUUGUUUAUUUUUUUCUGUCCAAUUUGUUGUAGAGAAGUUAUUGUGAACUCUUGUAAAAAUUUAAACACGAGUCACUUUCCAAGUUUUUUGCUAGUGUUGUAAAAGUAUUUCAGGUGGUGAAAAAGGAAGUUAUUUGCUAUUAAGACUCGUAAAAUAUUUCUCUCCAUCCUCUAAAUAUAGUAAAUCCCUCGAUUCAUAAAGAUUUCACUCUAUACUCAUAUAUCUUUCUCUUUUUCCAAACUAAAACUAUUGACUCAUCCAAGGUCCAUGUUGGAUUCCAGCCUCGUCCGAGAUGAAAGUAAGAGCAACUAGUUUUUACGACACUAAGAAGUCUUGAUGCUCACGUUUUUUCAGCCUUUGUUUCUUGUGGUUCUCAAAAAGAAAUUUCAUAGAGAUAAUACUCUUUUCAACUACACUAUACAGUCAAUACUCAUUUGCCAUUGUUAGUGUCUUCUAGAGGUAGGUAUGAAAUUGCCCAAAACCACUACAUCAUAUUCUCUUUAUGGUUGAGACAUAAGAGGUGUGGGAAUUGGUGUGAUCCUUUAUUUUCCUUCUUUCUUCCUCUCCCUUUUAUUCUCCCCUCUUCCUUUUUUCUCUUUAUUUUCUUUCUUCCUUCUCCCUUUCAUUUUCCUUCUUCUUUUCUCUUCUUCUGUUUUCUCUUAUGAGGGAGUCCCAUACUUCCAGUGGUCGGGCAAUAAGGCCAUUGGUUCCCUCCGUGAAAGUCCCAACUCUAGUCUUUCCCUUUUUGUGUCUUCUGAGGUUUGGAUCCUUAUGUUCUUGGUUGUUUUGGCAUAAUAUUUGUAUUGGGUUUGGGAAUGCUGGGGAAAGGGGUUGGGGGAUCAUAUACAAACACAGGAUAUUGCCAAAAGUUUUUUUUUUAUAUUGUUGUUGGUUAUUGAUUGAUUGGAAGAAGGAAUGUGUAAGAGAAAAGAAUGAAUAUAUUGAGAAAAAACUUGAUUCCCUGUAUAUUUUUUACUAUUACUAUUACUGUUACAUACUAACUGUAUCUUUACCGGUGCUUGAUGUUCAACAGCUUCCAGUAAAUAGGAAAGCCAAAGCAUAUGGAGCUUGUAAAUUUUUGUGAGUCCUGGUGAUUCUAAAGGCUUGUACUAUCCUAUUUUACUACAUUUGGUCAGAGCUUAGUCGGCUUCCUAGUACAAGAGCAACCACAACGGAGGCAUAGAGUCUGAUCUUUGAAGUGCAUGACUUUGGUGCAGGGAGGCAGUGGCACUCCAGUUUGCCUUUGCACAUUGUUUAUUAUUAUGUUUGUGGUCUUAUUAUUUGUAUUAUGUUUAUGGUCUUAUUAUUUUAUUUUUUUUAUGUCAUUGGUGGUAAUUAUUAUUAUAAUAUUAAUAACUAUUCAGAAUCUAUCUGUAAAUGUAUAUCACAAGCAAGUGCAGUCUGCUUUAUGUUAAUUAUUAUAAGUCAAGUAGUUUUUAAAAUCUGGCUUGUUAUAGUUGCUCUUAUCUGCUUGUUCUGAAGAAGAAAAAAACAAGUAUGAAGGAGAAAAAAGUAUUAUAUUAAGCACAAUUUAUACAUAAUGAUGUAUUUACAUGUCCAUGUUUUCAUCUAUAGUUGAGUAUAAGCAAAUUCCGAAGUCGCAAAAAAAUUCACAACAGAGAUUACAGGAAUUCUUCUUUUAGUGACCUUGUGAGAAAUGGAUUAACUUUGAAAAAAUAACUGAUGGCUACAGAUGCCUCUUCUCCGUUUUUCAUAUUUUGCAAAUGUUAAGUGAGAUGGUAAGAUCUGGAAUAAGAAAGAGGCCAGAUUUCUAAGUGUGCUUGUGAAAAAAUGUACAGGUUAAGAUUAGUACAAGUAUUCAGUGUUGAUGAAGAUUUUUUUUUUUUUUUUCCUUUCUUUCUUUAAUUUUCUUUUCUUUCUUUUCCUUUUUUUUCUCUCUUCUUUUCUUUUCUCUUUUCCUUUUUUCUCUCUCUUUUUUUCUUUUCUUUUCUUUUCCUUUUUUUUCUUUUCUUUGCUUUUUUCUUUCUAACUUAGAGAUUGAUCAUGACUGUGUUUCCUUCUCUAUGUUUGUUAUAUGAAAUACACAAGGUUAACCAGGAAAUAACCGAUAUAAUAAAACCGGGAGAAAGGCAUCCAAAGCAUUAUGGUCAUUACUUUUCUGUUCUGUUCUACUGGAUAUAUUGUGCAAUGAUUAUUGCUUUGUCUUGUAUGUGGUACAUUUAUAACUCUGUGGGUGUUAGUCAAGUAUUAUGUGUUGUGAUAUUUUAUCCCAAAGACUGAAGUGCACCUCAGUGUUGUUAAAGGAGGGACGGGGAUUUUGUUCAAAUUGCUUCGCCACUUUAUGCCGUGGAUACGAGAGGAGAAAUUGGAUUCUGAUGAUGACUUUGAAUGUUCUCGCCGUUGAAGUUUUUUUAUGGGCAGAGCUCCGGGUGCUUUGUUCGGAAGAGAGGCUAAGAAAAUGUUAAACAGUGACUUUAUCAUUGUGUCAUAGUGUGUUGGUAUAUUAUAGUGUAUUGUUAUUAUUAUUAUAUAUAUUUUUCAUAGGUAUUGAUUAUAUAUUAUGGAAGUAAUUGUUCAUGGAUUUAUAAUAUCCUCUGCUUGCAUGGACUCAGCACUUUAGUUGAUUAACAUGUAUUUGUCACAGUUGUAUCAGAAAGAAAAAUGUAAUAGUUUAUAUGUCAUAUUGCAUUAUGUACAAAUCUCUUUUUAUUUUUACCUUAUAACUUGAAUGUGAAGGUAAUUUUCCCGAUGCUAUUGAAGCUGUGAUUAUUGUAAACCUAACUUGUGUAUUGCAUUUAUAUACUAACAACAAAAGUGUUUUUGUUGUCUGUUACAAGCAACCAUUCUGUUAGAUUUAUUAUUGAAAUGAUUUUUUAUCAUUAUUAUGAUCAUUAUUUAUUGCUAUUAUUAUUAUAUAUUAUUAUUAUUAAUAAUAAUGAUAUUAUUAAUGGUAAUAUUAUCAUUAUUAUUAGUAUUAUUAUUGUUAUUGAUUAAUAAUAAUAAUAGUAAUAAUAAUAAUUAUUAUUAUUAUUAUUAUUAUUAUUAUUAUUAUCAAUUGAUAAUGAUAAUAAUAAUAAUUAUUAUUAUUAUUAGUUAUUAUUGUUAUUAAUUAUUAUUAUUAUUAUUAUUAUUAUUAUUAUUAUUAAUUAUUAUUUUUUUAUUAUUGUCAUUAUGAACAGUCAGCAUGAUUUCAUUUAGUUUUUCUUUCCCAAUGAUUGUGAAUGACAUGUUUUAUUCAGUAUAGGAAUCUGCAUGUGCCAGCCAGUCAUUAAGAGUUAUGUCCCACGUGUGACAGGAUGGCAGCAGUUGAAUGAAGACAUUCUUACAGUCACAGGAAAUUGCAAGACUGAUAGGUGUUUGUAUUGCAAAUGAAAAAAGGUUUAGGAUAGAUUAAUGUCCGUUCCUGGGAUUUGACUUGUGAUCAAGCCCAGUAUUAUAAGUAUCGUGAAUAUUAAGGUUUGUUAGAGACAGAUGGCCAUUUUUUUCGCAUGGUAAGAAAAGAAAGCUUUUUGAACUUUUACUCUUUUGUUCAUGAUUAUAUGAAAUCAUUGUCAUGUAAUAAAGGGUAACUUUGGAUGAUAUUUGGAUAACAACAGGAACUGAUGUUGAGUGUUACAUUGUAGACCAAAUGAACUGAAUGUGAUUGGUUAAGAGUAUUUUAUAAUGAUUUACCCUUUUGUCAGUAUUUCAGAGGUUAAAUUCAACUUUUUUUUUUUUUAUCCUUUUGCUGAGUGUCCCGGUAUUAUGGGAUUUUAUACUUUGAAGAAUAUUAAAUAUCAGAUCCAAAUGCAAGUGUUCAUUCUUCCUCCCUUAGAAAGAAUAAUGAAUGAAUGAAAUGAAUAACACUGAUGAAAUUGAAAAGGGAAGAACACUUCUAUGGCUGUAUUUCAGGCUACUCUGUUUACAUAACAAAGACCAUAGAGAACUGAAUUGCUCCAAUUGAAUUUAUUAUAGCCUAUGAGAGUUGCAAUGAAUAGAAUGUCUACAGCUACAAAAUUACUUAUUAGUUCAGUCAUAUAGAAAUUUUAUGCCUUCAUAAAAAAAAUACCUUUUAUUUUUUUUAUAUGCUAAUGGUACAAUAGAAGAUUUUGAUGAAUCAUGUUUAAGUUUAGUAUACUGUAUUAUUUUUUAAAAAUGAGAUUAUGCUUAUUGCAUUUUUUUUUCUUUAUGCUUAAAAUAUGCAUGAUCCUUAAAACUUCAAGAAUAAAAGACUUAUGUAUUGUAUAUUACAUAAAAUACUGAAGAGUCAAGAAACUGAUUACAUGACACUUUGCAUGACAGAAAAGGAUACAACAUUAGUUUUAUUUCUUUUCCUCUCUGUUUUCUUGACGUCCAUUUUUAUCCUCCUAUAUUCACUAAACAUUUGCUAAUGGAAUUUAUGUACAGGAAAUGUAUUACCAAACUUGUAUCACGUUAAAGUCCCUCCACUGGUAUUUAGAAAUAAUGACUACUGAUUACAGCUAUUGUAAUAGAUAUAUGUACAGGUAUCUUCUUGUAAUUUCAGUAUAGUCUCCUUAUAGAACUUGUAGACUCCUAGUGUUCUUUACCUUGUUUGGUAUGUUUAACAUUGUCAAAAUUUUAUGCUUUGUCUUUCAGCUGUUGAUAAUUGAAAACUUUUUGAUAUAUAGGUGUCAAGCCAUGUAGAUGCCUUUGAUAUUUAUUCUUAUAUAAACAAGUACAGUAUUUGUUAUUAUAGUUUUUCACAUUUUACUUAUAUAAGUUAAGAUUUAAGUCAUUAAGUAUAUUAUUGGUAGUAUGAACAGGCUACAUGUAAAGUUUACAUCAUUCAGACCAUAUAUACCUAGCCUGAUUAUUUUUACCAAGUAUUAGCGGUGAGAAGGUUAAUGAAUCACACUCCUGUUCAUAGGAUCGCCAUUUUGCAGUUUGUAAAGUUAUGUUACAUAGUGGCGGUUUCAUGGGAAGAAUGUUUUAGAUUCCGUAUAAUUUUCUUAUAAAUAAAUUUCCAUGCUCUAUAUUCCAUAUUUCUUUAACACAAAUAAAUUUUCAAGUCAUGACUUUGUCUGUGUUGCAGUUAUUUUGAAUAAAUUAUGUCCAUUCAUU